UCAUUUAGUUAAUUCUAUAACUUACUCGGACUCUUCCCAAACCAUUUUUAAAUUUCCAUAAACUUCUAAAUCGACCCCCUUCUGUUGAUGUUUCAGUUUCGAAUUUCCGAUGCAAAAUCAUCAUCAUGUCGAUUCCUUCACGGAGAACUGCUGGUGCUAUGUAAUCGAUUACAGUAGCCUAUUGGACGACGGCGCACCACCGCCGGCAGUUGUAUCCGAGCCUUCUCCGCCGCCGUCGGAAAAUGUUUGUAUGUCAAUUGAUGGAAUUACAAGUCCAGCUCUUAAAUCUCAUGAGGAAAGAGAAUUCUCAAGAAAGAGGGGACAUUCUGAUCUAAAUGACGGGAAAGGAACAAAAGCAUGCCGCGAAAGAGAGCGGAGGGGAAAAUUGAAUGACAGAUUUAUAGAACUCUCAGCCGUUUUGGGACGUGAAAGCAUUGGAAAAACCGAAAAACUGACCAUGCUUAAUGAUGCCAUCAGACUCCUAAAACAGCUAAAAACUGAAUCCCAGGAAUACAUGCACAUGAACACAAGACUAACCGAAGAGAUUAAAAUUUUAAAGGUGGAGAAAAAUGAGUUCCGGGAAGAGAAGGCGAAGCUAAAGGAAGAUAAAGAGAGGAUAGAACAGCAGUUGAAUAUGUACGAGGCCAACGCAGCAAAGAAGGUUCCCAUGCUUCCCAGCUAUGGCUUUGUUCCGAUGUGGCAGUAUUUGCCCUCCUCGGUCCGCGACACUACUGUAGAUCAUGUGCUCAGGCCACCUGCUGCUUGAUUUUUUAUGAAAUUUCUCUCGCAAAUGUUUUUUUUGUCAUGCUUCAUUGUAAAUAAAUCAGUACUACACACUUUUGGAAAAGACAUCUUCUCACUUUUCAUAUUAA